AUGGCUUUGGUCCGUAAAAACACCUUAAGGUCACGAUCCAGACCUCUCGUGCGAGGACUUCGCCCGAACCGGAAGCAUCCUUCUGCGGCAGCACUAUAUUCUGCCUCCGCUAUCAGAGUUCUCGUGGGAUGGAUCGUGGUGAGAGCAUGGUGUUGGCAUCUGGCGAUAAGUAGCCCUAAUAUCUUGCUCUCUCCUUCCACGGUGAUUCCGUAUACCAUGGCAUAUACGAUGGGCGCGGAGAUCAAGGCGAAUUUAAUGGAGGGCAGGCCCACCCGAACAAAAAGUUACAGUGAUUAUAACGGGGAGACAAUACCGCCUUGCGGCGACUACGCCCCACGGUCGACGCUUUCGCUUCCUCGUGCCCCAUGGUCACCCAGGACCACGGCCACCACAACGACACUGUGCGCCACACAGCUUCAAUCGUCACUUCACGAAGAAAUAGUCCAGUUCAUGGAGUACAUGAAACCUACCUCCCACGAACUGGCCGUUCGGGAUGGUCUCGUCAAACGCUUCACAGAUCUCAUACGAUCCUUCCGUAUGGGCGUUGCUGUCCAGCCUGUCGGCUCCUAUGUCACUGGCCUCUUUCUCCCUACCUCCGAUAUCGACAUGGUUCUGACCUUCAACACGACAAGCGCCAGAUCCACAUAUUCGAGCAAUUAUUUCAUCAAAUCCGAUCUUCGCAUAAUCCUCGCAAAAAUACAAACAUCAGGUUUUGCGAGCAAGGUGGUCGACGUCCUGCAGGCUUCUGUUCCUCUCAUUCGAAUCACGGACAAAGUAACGGGCAUCGACAUCGAUCUUACCGCUGCAGACACCCACGGAGUGCUGGCUACGGCAGCCGUUCAGAAGUGGUUAAAGACGGAUGUUGACCUCAUAAAGACACUCAUCACUGUGGUCAAGAUGUUUCUUACAAUUAGAAGGUGCGGAACGACGUACACUGGUGGGCUGAAUUCGUAUGUGUUGGUGUGGAUGGUGGUUGCUUGGGUGAAACUCGAGUGGCCAAAGACGAAGAAGACCUUCGUGCGUCGGAAUAAGGACAACAAAGACGUCGACGAUCUAUCUGCAUUAACGGCUGCCAUUGGCGGGUUGUCCGUUAGCAGCGCGAGCAGCUCCCGCACCGCAAACCCAGCCCUCACAUUCCAGGAUCUCAUGCAAAGAACAGAGCCUGGAUAUUUGUUGGCCGCCUCUCCCCCCAAGAACUCCCUUCAUGGAAACUACUUUUCUUCAACUACCGGCACCGAACCAGACCUAGGACAUGCACUGAAGGGCUUUCUCAAAUUCUACGGCCAAGAUUUCGAUUACGUCAAUCAGGCCAUUAAAAUAGCGCCUACUCCUGCGUACGCCCCAAAGCCAUACCUCUUUUCGCGUUACCCCACACAACAAUAUCUCCUUUCAAUAUUCGAUCCUGCAGACACCACCAUUGACAUGGGGUCAAAGGCCUACGCAAUAAAGCAUGUCAAAGCCUCUUUUCAGGAAGCGUAUGGGACGAUUGUAAGGUUAGAACGGAAGGGAGGACAUCAGCCUGAUAUCUUGAGCAAGGUGCUCGGAGGAGAUUUUACAAAGUUUGUGCAGAAGAGGAGCGCGAUGGCACGGGGUUGA